AGCGGGGAGUGAUCUACUGCUGGUCUAAGUGAAGAGAGACACGGGGUGGAACGCAAAGAAACUCCCCGGCAGACAGACAACAAAUACACAUGUCCAGCUUCUUGCUUGUUGAAAUACUAUUUGCUAAAGAAGUGUUAUUAUUUUUUUAAAUCGAUCGAAGUACAGAACUCAGAGCCUGAGCCUUGGGGAACGCGGUCCGGUCUUUGUCUUCAGCAGAACCCGUCAGAUAGAGCGACACUGCCGGGGAAGGGGAGCCCAGCCUCGGCCUGCUAAUGCCAGGAGCAAACCCGAGUAGUUUGGCCUUAAUUUCGCAAAAGACAACUAGUAUUGGGUUGUUAUUUUGAUUACAUAUCUUUUAUCAUUCAACAGAUUCGGCGAUUUUUGUAAUAUAUAUACUUUUCAAUUGGAAGACAAAAACCAAGGACCGGCUGGUUUUCCCCUUUAUUGAGCGUGGCUUGGUACGUCUUGCCCUAAGCACGGUUUCACGCUUGGCUCUCCGGGGAGGCGUAGCAUUUGUUUCUUCUCCUGAAUGGGAAGCGGUGCUUUGGAUUUGAAUCCGUGUUGGAUUGAACACGGCUUUGUCUCAGAUCCUUUAAUUCACCAAAAAAAGAAAAAAUCGAGACAUUUAUCAGAAAGCCACGCAUAUUACAGAAACAUGCAUAUCGUUAAACAUAUUUGUAGAUAAGUUGAUUAUUUUUAAAACAAAAAAGUUUUUUUUUUUUUUUAUUAAGGAUUAUAGAGGUUUCGUCUUAGAAAGUACACUUUAACUGCAUCAUCUUCUGUUUUGCUUUUAACACCGCGCUAGUGUGAAUUUGUGCUGUAUAAAUGCAUCGCAUGCAGUAACUGCAGUAAACUAAGUAUUGAAGCAGUGGAGACACAAAUAAACAGUUUUGUUUCUGUCAGUUCUUUCUAGUCCUUUCUGGAGGACCACUAUCGUUAACUUUUUUUUUUUUUUGUGGCGGGGAACUUGCAGUUGGAUACGGUGUUUUCGGCCUCUAUCCCCCAUUUUUUCGUCCCCCCCGAUGCUGAGUGUCUGAUCAGCCCCGUGUCCCUCUCCAGACGGCGGUCGGAGAUGUUGAAGUGUAUUCCUCUGUGGCGCUGUAACCGCCACGUCGAGUCCGUCGACAAGCGGCACUGCUCCCUGCAGACUGUGCCAGAGGAGAUCUACCGCUACAACAGGAGUCUUGAAGAACUGCUGUUGGAUGCAAACCAGCUGAGGGACCUGCCCAAGCCUUUCUUUCGCCUGCUGAACCUGCGGAAGCUGGGCCUCAGCGACAAUGAGAUCCAGAGACUCCCUCCCGAGGUGGCAAACUUCAUGCAGCUGGUCGAGCUGGACAUCUCCAGGAAUGACAUUCCAGAGAUCCCAGAGAGCAUUAAAUUCUGUAAAUCGUUAGAAAUCGCUGACUUCAGUGGAAACCCCAUUUCAAGGCUGCCAGAUGGGUUCACACAGCUCCGCAGCCUCGCACACCUCGCCCUCAACGAUGUAUCCCUGCAAGCACUGCCCAGCGACAUCGGCAAUUUGGCAAACCUUGUAACACUGGAACUCCGAGAAAACCUGCUGAAAUCCCUGCCUGCGUCGCUGUCAUUCCUAGUGAAGCUGGAACAGUUGGACCUUGGCAGCAAUGAACUGGACAUUUUGCCGGACACUUUGGGAGCGCUGCCAAACCUGCGGGAGCUGUGGCUGGACAGGAACCAGCUAUAUUCACUGCCACUGGAGCUGGGUAACCUGCGCCGGCUGGUGUGUCUGGACGUGUCGGAGAACAAGCUGGAUCAGCUACCCAAGGAGCUGAGCGGCCUGGUGGCACUGACAGACCUGCUGCUGUCCCAGAACCUGCUUGAAACCAUCCCAGACGGCAUUGGGUGCCUGAAACAGCUCUCCAUCCUGAAGGUGGAUCAGAACCGACUGACCCACCUGACACACUCGAUAGGGGAGUGUGAGAACCUGACUGAGCUCAUGUUGACUGAGAACCUCCUCACGAUGCUGCCACGGUCUAUAGGGAAGCUGAAGAAGCUGACGAACUUGAAUGUCGACCGGAACCGGCUGACCUCCCUGCCCCUGGAGCUGGGUGGCUGCUCCAGUUUGAACGUGCUCUCCCUGCGAGACAACCAGGUCACCAAGCUGCCGGCCGAGCUGGCAAACGCCACAGAGCUGCACGUGCUGGACGUGGCUGGGAACAGGCUUCUGAACCUACCAUUUGCCCUGACCAACCUCAACCUGAAGGCCAUGUGGCUGGCAGAGAACCAGUCCCAGCCCAUGCUCAAGUUCCAGACAGAAGAUGACGAGAAGACUGGGGAGAAGGUGCUGACCUGCUACCUCCUGCCACAGCAGCCCUCACCCAGCCUUGAGAACCUCCUGCAGAACAGUGUUGAUGACAGCUGGAUGGACACCAACCUGAACCGUGUCAGUGUGAUCCAGUUCCAAGAGGAGGCCAAGACUGAGGAGGAGGACAAGGAGGCAGCGGCCGAGAGAAGGGGGCUGCAGCGGCGAGCGACUCCCCACCCCAGUGAGUUGAAGGUAAUGAAGAAGGUGAUUGAGGACCGCAGGAACGAAGCCUACACCGCAAACCCAGAUGAGGGACUCGAGUCUCCAGACAAUGAGGAGAAGAGGCUGAGCACACUUUCCAAUCAGAGCCAUGACUCCCAGGCCUCCAACAGCACAGCGUCGGCUGGGUCUGAGAGCUAUGAGUCUGUAGAACACGAGAGGCGGGGCCACGUCAUUGCCAUGGCAACAGAUGGGGCAGAGCGGGUAGAUGAGGAGGAGGAGGGGCUUGAUGAUGAGAUGGAGGUCGAGUACAUUGAGCCAACAGUGCACUUUGCUGAGGAGCCCAUUAUCCGUGGAGCAGAGGAGGAUGAAGAUGAGGAAGAUGAGGAUGGGGAGGAGGAGCGUCCGUCCCUCCCCAUGGAGAAGCAGCGGCUCAUCCGCAAGGACACACCUCACUACAAGAAGCACUUCAAGAUCACCAAGCUGCCCAAGCCUGAGACCGUGGCAGCGCUGCUUCAAGGGCUGAGUGUGGAAGGGGUGGACCAGCAUGAGUUCCAGGCUUCACAGCACGACACCCAGGAGGAGGGGCAGGAGGGGGAGCAAGAGGAGGAGGUGGAGGAGGGGGUGGAAGUGGAGGGCAGACUGAGCGAUAGGACCAAUGCAGCACUGCAGCCAUUCAAGGGGGUGUCGUUUGAUCAAGUCAAUAAUCUGCUGAUUGAGCCUGCUCGAAUUGAGGAGGAAGAGCUGACACUAACGAUACUCCGUCAGACUGGGGGUUUAGGGAUCAGUAUUGCUGGGGGUAAAGGCUCCACACCCUACAAGGGAGAUGAUGAGGGUAUCUUUAUCUCAAGAGUAUCUGAGGAAGGUCCGGCUGCACGUUCAGGAGUAAAAGUGGGAGAUAAAUUAUUAGAGGUGAAUGGCGUGGACCUGCACGGUGCGGAGCACCACAUGGCAGUGGAGGCUCUGCGCAGCUCUGGCAUGGAGGUGUCCAUGUCAGUGCUGCGAGAGCGCAUGGUGGAGCCAGAGAACGCCAUCACCACCACGCCUCUGCGGCCCGAGGAUGACUACUUCCCCCGCGAACGCCGCAGCGGCCUACCUUUCCCCAGCGACGAGGAGCCUGAGCGCGGGUUGCAGGAGCGCCUCUCCACCUGCCUCAUCCGUAACGACAAGGGGUUGGGCUUCAGCAUUGCAGGGGGCAAGGGGUCCACUCCAUACCGCACUGGAGACACGGCCAUCUUCAUCUCCCGGAUUGCGGAGGGGGGUUCUGCUCAUCGAGACGGGAUUCUUCAUGUUGGAGACAGGGUUAUUUCUAUCAAUGGUGUAGACAUGACAGAAGCCAGGCAUGAUCAGGCAGUAGCUCUUCUUACCGGCACAUCCCCCACCAUCACCCUGGUUGUCGAGCGGGAUGUCUCAGAGGGUGUCGCAGCAGUAGGGGGUUCCCCUGCCCUGCAGCGGGUACGCCCCCACUCCCCGCCGCCUCCCACCCCCUCAGAGAACAACUGCCAGGAGGAAGCAAGUGAAGACUCUCCGCAAGACAACCCGCUGAACAGCAGAGCCCUGGAGGAUGAGUACCCUAUCGAGGAAGUCUAUCUGGUGAAGGCGGGCGGCCCUCUAGGACUGAGCAUUGUGGGAGGCAGCGAUCAUGCCAGCCAUCCCUUUGGAAUCAGUGAGCCAGGUGUAUUCAUCUCAAAGGUGAUCUCCCAGGGUCUGGCUGCUCAGAAUGGGCUGCAGGUGGGCGACAGGAUCCUAGAGGUGAAUGACAUCGACCUGCGACACGCCACGCACCAGGAGGCCGUCAGGGCACUGCUCUCAAACAAGCAAGAGAUCCGUAUGCUGGUCCGCAGGGACCCUCCCCCGCCAGGAAUGCAGGACAUUUUAAUUGAGAAGCUUCCGGGGGAGAAGCUGGGGAUCAGUAUCCGAGGCGGAGCCAAGGGCCACACUGGGAACCCCUUUGACCCUUCUGAUGAGGGCAUCUUCAUCUCUAAGAUGAGCUUGAGUGGUGCGGCAGCCCGGGACGGCAGGGUCAAAGUGGGGAUGCGCAUCUUGGAGGUGAAUAACCACAGCCUGCUGGGAAUGACUCACACUGAGGCAGUGCGUGUCCUGCGUAGUAUCGGAGACACGCUGGCCAUGCUGGUGUGCGACGGCUUCGACCCUAAAGACGCUGGCAGUGUUGAGGCAUCCCCUGGUGUCAUCACUAACCCCUUUGCCACUGGCAUUGGUCGGAAGAACAGCAUGGAAAGUAUCUCCUCCAUCGACAGGGAUCUCAGCCCAGAGGAAAUGGAGACCAUACAGAAGGAAAUGGAGAUGGUGCGGGAGUCUACACAGUGGGAGAAAGAGGAGUUGGAGAAAGUGGAGCAAAUGCGCAGGGAGCGUGAGGAGGCCAACCGCCUGCUGGAGGAGGAGGCUGAGAGUUUCAGCACAGGGCCUCUAAAAUUGGACUACAAGACUCUUGCAGCCCUUCCCAACGCCAGUGUACAGAAAGUCAGCAGGCUUUAUCCUUGUGGUACGCAUUCUAUAACAAUGGAGGCACCCAAGCCGGCCAACAACUCUGCUCUAGACCUGCUCAUGUUUAGAAAUGGGGAGCUUGCUGGUCAGGGGCAGGGGGACUGUCCGAGGAGUCUGUUUCAAACUGAGCCUCAAACCCUGAAUCCAGCCGCCCUGCCAGUCCAGAGUAACCCAGAGCCUCAGGUCACGUUUGCCACUAAAAAGACUGUGGAAGUUUCCCACAAUCCCCUGCAGUCCCCCAGAGAGAAACAGGAAGUCCCUCCUCAAGAGGAGGAAGAGGAAGAAAGCCUGGUGGACUCGCAGCCCAUUUCCUUCAGCAAUAACCCCUUUCUCAUAGCCAAUCAGAAGGGGAAAGGCAAGCCCACUGAAGCUCAGAUUCUUUCGGGACCGCCAGUCGGCUAUGGAAAGCAGGGCCUGUUGCAGACCAGCCUGUACUUAAAGGGUUCCUCCUCCGAGCCUAUUGGAGUGAACAGCACCAGUUGGGAAGCUCCCUGCUACCCCACCUCGCAGCCAUCAUCUAAUAAUUUCCUCUUCACCACAAGUCCCAAGGAAGGAUCAACCAAACCAGGCAUUAUCCACCCUAGGGUGCGUCAGAAUACGCCUCCAGCCAAUCAGAAUGGCAGAAACAGCCCCAACCCUUUCCAGCAUGGUCCUGCCCCUUCCGAGACACUCUGUUCUGAAGUCUUUAUCCAGAGGAAUACUGUCCAGUCCAAGCCUUCAUCUGAGCAGGACCUGGAGAACAAUGUUUUUGCCAGUGACAGUGAUGUGGAGCUGGGAGGUGACCCUCCAUGUGGCAUAGUUGGUCAGCCCUUUGCCAUCCGUAACCUCUCAACAGACGUGCUCAGCCCUCUAGGCGAGUGGACCCUGCGUAGGGAGUACCUGAGCUUGUCCGCAGUGCCCCUCGUCACCAGGCCCUCACUAGACCUUGAGAUUGCGUCCUCAUCACCCAGUGGGCUGGACAGUCCAGAGCAGCGCUCGUUCAGAGACCGGCAGAAGUACUUUGAGAUCGAUGUGAAGCAACACCUACCUGACAGCAAGCCAAAACCUCGUGUCUCACUGGUUGCUGAGGAUGACCUCAAGAAGAUGAGGGAGGAGGAAGUCAGGAGGAUUGAGCAGCAGGCACAGGAGCUGCUAGUGGAUGAGGAGGAAGAGGAAGAGGAGGACCUUGACAAGCAGAUGGCGGAGAUGAAGGCCCAUGGCAAAGUGGUUAUUGAGGGAGUGGAGUACAAGAUAGAGAGGGUGGACAACAGAAGCACCAACUCCCCCAGCGCAGGUGAGCCCCUGGUGCAUGGGAAAGGAGAAUCCCAGAGGAACUCCCUAGAAGAUGGUUUCAGACCCGAACAGAGACCAAACUCCAUGACUGGACUGAGCCCGGUGUACCCAGGGGAGUCAGGAGCCCCAAUCAGGACUGCCAAGGCAGAGCGGCGGUACCAGGAGCGAAUGCGCAUGCAGAGCCCAGAAGUGCACAAUGCCCAGGACAAGGACCUCUCCCCAGCUGAGAAGAGAGCUCUGGAGGCAGAGAAACGGGCCAUGUGGAGAGCAGCCAGACCCAGAGGGCUGGAGGAUGAUAUUAAACAGUACGAGCAGGAUCUGGCUAAAAAGCUGUACCAGUCAAGACAGAGGGCAUCUCAGGCCCACAGCAAGAGCCCUGACCCAGCGGCCAGCGAACACAGGAUGAAGUCCCUGGAGCAGGAUGCUCUGAAGGCUCAGAUGGUAAUCGCCAAGUCCAAGGAGGGGAAGAAGAGGAGUCCACUGGACCAACUGGCAGAGUCCCCCUCACCGGCCCCCACGCCCUCCCCCACACCGCUUGAAGAUUACAGCCACAGAAGUGUGAUGUCACCAGGUAGAUUGUCCCAGACAGAAAAGAAGUUUGACUACCGACAGUUUGCAGCUAUUCCUUCUUCCAAACCUGUAUACGACAUCCAGUCCCCUGACCUGACAGAUGGCAUACAGUUCUUGGAUGACACUACCAACAAUGCGGAGCCCCGUGGGGAGAAGGAGGCUGAAGGCCAUGUCUCCCUACCCACCACCUCAGCACUGGAAGAAAUGGCUCUUUACAGCAACAAGCGCAAACUACGGCACGGUCGUCGGAGCCUGGAGACAGCUGUCCCCACGUAGUGGAGCUCCAGAGCUCUGUAACCACCCACCCCCACCCCCCACCCCCCCCUUCCCCACCACACACACACACAACAAACAAACACACACACACCAGACAUACACACACACAUCAUUCAUACACAGUGCCCACUCUCUGCAGGGAGGGGUGGAGGUGUGGUGGCCUGUCAUGAACACGUGGACCUUGGGCCAUAGACUUUAAUAACUAGAGGGUGUGGGGGCUAGCUUUUAUAUACCAGACUACAAAACAACUUUUCAGUUUGCGUUUUAGAAGCUGAAUUGUUUUACUCAGAACUAAUAUUUUUUUGUUCAGUUUUUUGUUUAACUACUGUUUUUUUUUUUUUCAAUCACUUGUGGAAGAAAGUAAUUGCUAUGUACAUUUUUUUAAUUAUUUUUAUUUUGCUCUGUUGAUUUGGUUGUAAUUGCUGGGGUUGGGAGUUGGGUGUGAAGCUUUCUGGGUUAGUGAGUGUAAAUAUGAGUGUGGCUCAGACUACCUAUAGCGAUAAGAGGAGUGUUAUUCUUCUGCUACCUUCACUGGUUUGCACCUUGCUGUGUUAACCUUUUGAGUUUUCUUUAAAAAUGUACUAUUGUCUGACGUUGUUGUAUUUUUUGGUUUUUACUUGAAAACUGCCUCAUUUCUUUUAAUGCAAUUUAUUAUUAGAUAACGUGUUUUAGAUUUAAAAUUGUACAACUGUUCAGAAUUGUAGGUACACAGUACAGUAAGGGCAAUAAACCAAUCAUUAAUAUUAGUAGAAUUCAGAUUGUUUUAGAUUAUUGAUAGAGAUGGCAUUCAAAUCAAGAACUGCCACUGUGUGUUUAAAUUCCACUAGAUGCUGUUCAUCAAAAGAAUGUCCAAGACUAAGCUGGUGUACUACAACUAGCUGCUGUUAACAAAUGAACGUUGUAAUAAACACAUUGGAAUACAUGCCAUGCUCAUGAUAGUCCAAGCAAUAAGGGGGGAAAAAGAACUAUUUGACCUAGGUAAUACAAAUCAAUGUGUUCAGAAAGUCUUUAGGUGCAUCCCUCAAUCCUGUGGGUUUUUUUUUUUUUUUUUUUUUUUU